CUCACCAUCACCCGCACCAAGACUCAAGAUGACUUCUUCGAUCCAACCAGGAGACCACCAAGGCUACAUGCGCCUGGCCCUCUCUCUGGCCCAAAAGUCGCCUCCAAAACCUACCAACUACCGCGUUGGAGCAGUCGUCGUGGAUAUACCCUCCAACACCAUCCUGGCGACUGGGUACACCUUGGAACUGGAGGGCAACACUCAUGCCGAGCAAUGUUGUUUCAUGAAGCUGGCACAACAACAUGGUGUCUCCGAGGAGAAGCUGAGUGACGUCCUUCCCUCGAACUUGGCACUCUACACCACUGUCGAGCCGUGCUCCCAGCGUUUGAGCGGGAACUUGCCAUGUGUGGAAAGAGUGCUGAGGCUGGCAGGGUGUAUCAAGACGGUCUAUGUUGGAAUACUGGAGCCGGAGACGUUUGUUCAGGAGAACACGGGAAGGAAGUCUUUGAAGGACGCGGGCAUUGAGGUGGUGCAUAUCGAGGGGAUGGAGAAAGAGAUUUUGGAGGUUGCCACUGCUGGGCACGUCAAAGAGUGAACAACACCAAGAAGACGAAAUAUCAACGCAUAUAAAUCAAAUCUAUCGCUACUUCUGGCUUUUGUCUACACCAUCUUAGAACUUUGGUCCCUCAAGAAUGGGCUUGGCCUCCUCAGUCCUCCACCA